AACAUUUGAAAACUUUCUCACAUUUCGGAGCGAAACGAGCGCGGGCGGUGGCCGGCGGCGAGGAAGGCGACUGCUAGGGUUUACCCCGCCGCCGAAACGGAUCCCUGAGAGAUGGAGGGGAAGGUGGUGGGCAUCGAUCGCGGUGGCGCCAGCGGCGAUGCGGCGGAUGAUCUCAAGUACAUCUCCGGGCUGAGCACCAUUCUCGUGGCCACCAUCCAGGAGGUGAAGGACCGGGUCUCCCAGAUGGAGUUCAUCUUCUGCAGCCAGCUUUUCCCGCACUUCCAGGCCAAGAGCAAGCUCCUCCAGGCGCGUCUUGCUGACGCCGACGCGGUGAAGGCCAGUGAGGACGAGUGGAGGAAGAGGGAGGCCGGUUUGGUGAGCCAGCUGGAGGAGCUGAGCCGCGGGAAGCGGGACGCGGAGGAACGUCUCCUGCGGAUGGGGAGUUCUCUCGAGGAGACAAAGGGGAAGCUCGUGGAUGCGGAGCGAGUGAUUGCGAGGCGUGAGGCUGACAAGAAGCAAAUUAUGGGGAGGCUGGAGGAGGAGAUGAGGAAAGGUGAGGUGGUUCGUCGGCUCGAGAGGGAGAUUGAGGAGAAGGCUGCUGAGUUGGCUAAGGGGAGAGAGGUGCAUCAGCGGCUGUUGCAGCAGGUUGAGAUGAAGGAUAAGGAUCUGAUUAUUGAGCAGAGUAAGCGGAGGGACUUGAUAGAGGAUUACACUCAGCUGAAGACGAACUACAAGCAUUUGAAGUCUCAGUACACUUUUCUUCUCGGGAAGAUUAACCAGAAUGAAGGCUCCAAGUUUCCUGUAGGCAUUCCUGUAGAUGGAAAAAGUUUUGAAAGUUCUCCGAGUAAGAGAAAGAUCAAAGAUUUGGAGAACACAAGCAAGGAGAGCAUCCAGGAAGUUUCCAAGACAAGAGACCUGAAGAACGACUCUACUUCAUGUGCCAAAGCCCAAGCUGCCCAACAUGCUAGUUCAGUCAGGAGUCCAUUCAGUAACUCCCGCCUUGCUCUACCAUCUCGCCCAACUAAUCAACUGCCAAAUAAAGCUGCCAGCAAUUCAAAACUGGAAGCUUUAUCCAGUGUCACCAGCCCAAGUCUACACUGGAGAGAGACUCGUGCACGGAAAGAACCAGGUGUUGCUGAUCCACAUGAUGAUUUCCUUGAUACACCUCUGGAGGCUGUCAAAAAUACUAUCAGGAAUCAUACAACUCCAGAAGAAGCACAAGCUCUUGCCGCCUCUCCUCCUCAAGACAUGGAAUUCAACAAUUCAGAUGAUGAAACUCAAGAUAUGAAUAUUGCAAAUCAAGGGCUCAAGAACAUUCCCAACAUGCUGGUUCCCAAGCAGCAAAACAAGAUAUCAAUACAGCCAUCGAAGAAAGAUUUCAAAUACAGAGAAUCUGUAAGAAAGAAAGCUGAUCGGGAGAACUUGAAAGGUGUCGAGUGCAAGCAGUGCAAGAAGUUCUAUGAUGCUGUUCUUCCUGAUGGCCGUGUAAAUGGUGAUGGUGUGGGCUCUACAAGCUUGAAAUGUGAGCAUCAUGAUGGUGUAUCCAGACAUCGAUACAGGUAUGCCCCACCUUUGACACCAGAAGGGUUUUGGAACAUUGGAUUUGAAUCAGAAAUGUAGAACAUGAAGUAAUAGGCCCUUCAUUAGUGUGCACAGUAUCCUAUCAUAACAUAGGUUCUCAGUUGCCCCAAAAUAUUGCAAUGAUGCCUGCAAUAAAUCGCAUGUUGUUGCUCAUGUUGGGGAAAUGUACACCCUAAGGUUGAUGGUAGGCUGUCAAUAUGCUGAAGAUAGAAUGCAAUGUCAAUUUGUUAUGUAAAUUCAGAGAGUUGAACGUUUUUUUGUCAAUCAUGUUGGUCUUUACCAUUUAAAAGCAGCUCUCGUGCUUGUUUAUAAAGAAGGCAGCUGGAUUACAGUUCACAGCAACUAGAAACCUCAAUCCUUGUACCCUGAUGUAUAUUCAUUUGUGAUCCGGUCUUUCAGCUGUUUUCAGUUGCACCAGUAUAUGCCUUAAGCUGCUUAAUCUAGAAUUU